AUGAUGCGGCCCAAUCGCUCGUUUCUGGGCUCAACGCCUCGAAACAUAUCACGACAUUUCCUCUCAUUAUCAACCAUAUCAAGACGCCAAUUCACCGAUGCAGCAUCUCAUUCAUCCAAUAAGAUCCAAGUAUACACUUCAACUUCUCGUGAUCCCUUCCUGAACCUCUCUGUUGAGCACCAUCUUCUCCAGAAGACGCCCCCAGAGUCGACCAUACUCUUCCUCUACACCAAUGACCCCUGUAUUGUCUUUGGCCGAAACCAAAAUCCAUGGAUGGAAGUGAAUCUUCGAAGACUGGCCCAGUUCCGUAAUGAUCCUGCCAGCGUAGGUUGGACUGGUGGACCAGUGCAGCUCGUCCGUCGUCGUUCAGGGGGGGGCGCUGUUUUUCACGAUGAAGGAAAUGUCAACUUUAGCGUCAUUUGCCCUCCUGCAGUCUUUGAUCGGAACAAGCACGCCGAGAUGGUCGUAAGAGCUCUCUCAUCUCUUGGAAGGCCAAAUACGCGUGUCAAUGAGCGACACGACAUCGUUAUAGAUAUCCCUGAUGAUCCAAUCGGCACCUACAAGAUCUCAGGGUCCGCGUAUAAACUCACUCGUCUUCGAUCUCUCCACCACGGAACAUGUCUCCUCCGCAGUCCAAACCUGACCAAUAUCUCAGGCAUGUUGCGUUCACCCGCUGAGCCAUACAUCAAGACUCGUGGCGUUGACAGUGUCCGCAGCCCUGUCCGGAAUGUCGGGAUCGAGAAUGCUGCUUUCGAGGCUGCCGUUGUGGAACAGUUUGCAAGCAUGUACGGCAACUUCGAUGUCCGGGAGGUCAUCAGUGACAAGGUACUUGAGACGGAUAGCAUCAGCAAAGGGUACGAGGAACUACAGUCGCGAGACUGGAUCUAUGGCCAGACACCAAAAUUCACCUUCUCAACUUUCCCGUACGAGGAGGACCCUCGAGAGCGUCCUCAACUAGACUUUGACACCAAGCUUCGUUUCGAAGCUAGACACGGUGUCGUAGACAAAUUCACAGCCGAAGGUCCAUCGUCUCCCGCUUCAGAAGAUGGUCUGUCAGCACUCACAUCAUCAUCCAUCUACAAAGUCUCCAGCUGGGGCGCACAGCUUUCCCAAGCUGGCAUGGCUGAUGGCGAUGCGGCAAAGGUCGGGCCAUGGAUGGACGACAUCUUGGGAGUCGACUUCACGAAACCCCAACAGUAAUGCCGCCGUUCUCUGAAUAGGCUGCAACAUGAUACACGAAAUGUCAGAGAGGUCAAUACGAGCAAUCUCUUCCG